UUUGAGCGGGCGAUUUGGAAACUGUGGGUCAGUGAAUAUAGUACUUUCGAGAGUACAAGAGAGGCGUAUUGGUUUAUUUUAAUUAUUUGUGUUUUUUGGAAGACAUCGCGGAGCUUGUGCUUUUCAUAUUUAUCGUCUGUGAAGCAUAUUCAGGCAGACAUGAAGACCCUUCUGGCUGCCACAAGCUCCCUCCUGGAGAUGUUUGAUGUGAAGCUGCAGGAGUUUGGCAGUUGUGUGGACAGCACUCAUAUGGUGUGGCUGGAGGAGAUCCAGCAGGAGGCCAACCGCAUGUUCUCCAGUGAUUUCAACGCUGAGCCGGAGUUAAUGCCAAAGACUCCGUCCCAGAAGAAAAGAACUCGGAAGAAGCGCGUUUCUGUGGGUCAGAAUGAAAAUCGCAGCAUGAGACGCUUCUCCAAAGGCAAGCGCAGUAACCUGCGGACCUCCUUGGUGCCCACCCUGAAGCUCAUCUCCGAGGGCGCGGGCGACCAGGGCGCCUGCUCUCCGCAGGAGGAAACCGAGGAGAAACCAAAACGCAGCACCCGUCGCAACAAGCAGAAGCAGCCCGCGGAGGCAGAGCCGGGGGAGACGGACACUCCCAAAAGCACCCGGGACGAGCCCCAGCCCCUCCAGAGGAGCCUGGGUCAGACACAGCCACGCCCGGACGCCCGGUCCCCCGGGCAGCAGGAGGAGGCACGGCCGGCGGGGUCUCCCAGCCCCGCCCCGGCCCCUCCCAGCGCGCCCUGUGCCCCUCCGGAGACCCUGGCGGCGACGGUGAGGAUCUCCGCCGCCGAGCGUCUCUCCGCAGAGCUCCGGGGACAGGACUCUCCCCAGGGACAGGACUCUCCCCAGGGCCGCACCGCCAGCAAGCUGGCCAUCGCCCGGCCCCCGGAGCUCCCCUCCCGGCCCCCGGAGGUCUCCGCCUCGCGGCGGUCCUCCGUGCGCUACUCGCUGAAGGUCCGGCGCUCCCUGGUGGGGCUGCGGCACAGCAUGACCCAGGAGUCCGUGCGCCGCGCCUCCCGCCGCUCCUUCCUGAAGAAGAAGGCCCGCAUGAGCGGCUCCACCUGCAGCAGCAGUGCCAGCGUGGUCUGCGUAGAAAUGGAGGAAGAAAAGGUUGAAGACGAAAUGGAGAAUGUGUGUGAGGAGCCAGCAGAGAGCGAAAACGAUCUUGUGGACCAAAAGGUUGCCGAGGACGUUGUGUCUGAAGCCAGCGAUCCUGAGGGCGUGCGGCGUUUUACCCGCUCGAUGGCUCAGACCACCCCGACCCCGCCGCAGAGCGCCAGGAAAGGGCUCGCGCUGGACAGCGACGGUAGCCCAGCCGUGUCAGACGAUGGUGGAAAGAAACCGGCAGUGACGUCCUCUAGUCUGAGGGCACAGCCCAGCUUCAAACGCAGGGCUGGAGAGGCUGCGGAGGAGCUGGCCAGCCCCAGGAAGAAGUCCAGCCCCCCCAAGAAGACCCAGAGUGCAAUUAGGCCCAACAUGAAAUCAUUCCUCCAUACUGUGCAGAAGAACCAGCUCCUGAUGGCUCCAGGAUCACUGAGUCGUAGCACUGUUGUCAAGUCCUUCAUCAAACACACCACCCCCCUGAGGACGGACCUGAAGCCAGGCGGCGGUUUGGUGGAAAGGGAAAGGUUGCGUCUGGAGGCUUUAAAGAAGAAACAGGAGCAGGAAAUUGAGAGAAAGAAGAAACUGGAGGAAGAAAAAAGGAGAAAGCAAGAAGAGAUGAAAAGGAAGAGGGAUGAGCGUCUCCGAAAAGUGGUGGAGGCGCGAGUGAAGGAGGAACAGAGGGAAGAGGAAAAGAAGAAAAAGAUUGAGCAGAAGAUGGCUCAUAUGGAAGAGAAAAACGAUAAGUUGCGUGUGGAGCGCCUGGCUGAGGAGAAGGCCAAGAAGAAAGUUGCCUCCAAAAGGCAGGAGGAGCUGGAGCAGCGGAAGAAACAGGAGGAGGAGGCCCGGAGAAGGAAGAUCUUGCAGGCUGAGGAGGAGGAGAAGAAGCAGCAGGAGCUGCUCAUGAAGAGGCGGGCGGAGGAGGAGCAGGAGCGCGUCCGCAGGUUAGCCGAGGCCCGUCGUGCCCUGGAGCUGAAGAAGGAGCAGGAGCGGGAGCUGCUACGACAGCAGCAGGCGGCUGCUGAAAGGGAGCGGGCGGAGCGGGAGAAGGCUCUGGCCCUGCAGCGGGAGGUGGAGAAGGCCGCCCGGGAGAAGGAGCAGAGGGAGGCUGAGGAGCGGAGGAGAGCGGAGGAGCGGCAGAGGCAGGUCGAGCAGGAGAGGGCCGCCGCCGUCGCGGCUGCUGAGAGGAACGUCGUUACCAUGGAGAUCCAGAAAUCCGUCAUGAAGACCCCUAUGACUCCUAUGGGGAAGGCUGCAGGACUUAAUGUGACGGUGGAUAUAGAGAACUCUGCCUUAAAGACUCCAGUGGGGAAAGCUGGAGGACUCAAUGUGACUGUGGAUGUUGAGCGGUCUUCUCCGCAGUCCUACCAGAUAACUCCCAAAGGCGGGAACAAGCCUCUCAUUCUCAGUGCCAACCCAGAGGACUACGGAAUGGACCAGAACAGCGACGAUUCCACCGACGAUGAAUCUGCACCUCGGAAACCAAUCCCAUCUUGGGCAGAGGGUCGGCAGCUCCAGCAAGCAAUGCUGCAGCAAUAUUUCCACCCAUUGGAUGUGGACUCUUGCUUUGGGGCGAUCGAGGACCCCAAGCUGGAGCAGAUCUUCAACAAGAGCAAGCCCCGCUACUUUAAGCGCACCAGCUCCGCCGUGUGGCACUCUCCCCCGCGAGCGGGCCAUGCCGCCUAUUGAACUGUCGCCCAUCUUCUUUUUCUUCUGUGAUGUUUUUUUUGUGUGUUUUUUCUUCUUUUUUAGCAUCUUCCGUAAGUCAAAUUUAAUUCAUCUUGUAUCAUUUUAAUAAAUUUUUUAGUUUAUUCACUCUUGACUCUUAAUGUUCUGUUUAGCUCAAAACAAAUUCGAGGAGAAAAUUGAAUCUGAUUCAUGUACUUUCCACAAAAUAAAUAAAAGGAUGCCCCUUGGAGAAA